AUGACUGACAUCCACAAUGUCAACAACAACCAUGGGUGCACCAGCUCCACAGAUCUGUGCAUCCAUCAACAAUCUGCCAAACAAAUGCACUCUACUUCCACCAUCCACACACACCUCAGUUCUUAUCCAGGCUCUCAUUUGCAACCUCUGCAUGAAAGCUUUACUAUUGUCAUCCUUAUUCCACCUUGUUCUCCAUCUUCAUGGCAGUUUUUAUCCAGGCUCUCAUUUGCAACCUCCAGCACAAAAGCUUUACUAUCAUUGUCCUCACUCCACCUUGUUCUCUGUCUUCAUGGUGAUAUGCAGAUCUUCAUCAAGACCAUCACAUCAGAGCUCAAAGACAGUCACACUCUCUCAGAUUACAACAUUCAGAGGGAGUCCACCCUUCAUUUGGUCUUGCAUCUCCAUGGAGGCAUGCAGAUCUUCAUGAAGAUCCUCAUGGGGAAGACCACACUGGAGGUGAGUUGUCCAGCAGUUGUCAUCCUCCUUCACCCAGCACUCAGCCUCAGCCUCUUCUCCCCCAGCAUGCAGCCUCAGCCUCCUCCCUCUGGUGGUGAGCCUUAUUCAGCUCCCUCUGGCACUCCCCACCUAUGGCAUGCACCCUGA